AGGGAGAAGAGGCAGAGCUCAGAAGGGUGUGUUUUCUGUACCACUGCAGCAUCAGUGCAAAAAAAGACAGGAGGAAAAGGCACGAGUCAGUGGACUGGACCGAGAAACAAUACAGAGCUAGAAGAAGAGCCACGGACAGGAGCCUGAGAGGAGGAGACACAUCAAGAGGAGACACCUGCAGAGGCAGCUCCUGAAGAAGCGUUUGUGGAGCUGACGGAGCGAGGAGCGAGCCUCACUCACAGUUGGGCUGUAAAGGAAACAGACACACCCACCAACUUACUGCUGUUUACUCCUCUCAGCUCUCCCUCAGCUCCGGGCGGUCCCUGGAGUGUGUGUCUGCCUUGGUGUGCGUGGGUGUGUGUGUGUGUUUCUUUAUGUGUUGAUGAGUGUGUGGGUGUCUUGCAUCACUUUUGAUGGGACAUUGAAAGAUGUGUGUGUCACAGAGUCGGUGGAUGGGCUGUAGGGGGAUGUGCUCCCCCGCCCUCCCGCUGGUCCUCCUCCUCCUGCUCCCUCUGUCCUUCCUCUCCUCCACGCCUCCGUUUGCUCAGGGAGCCAUCCACAUCCCCGAAAGCUAUACAAAAGACAACAUAUUUCAGCCUCCAGUGCUGACAGAGAUGCCAAAAUCACACACAGUGUUUUCUCUAGAAGACUUCAAUCUGGCCUGUGAGGCCACCGGGAACCCGACACCCACAUUCCGUUGGCUGAAAGAUGGCGAGUUGUUCGGAUCUGAGACCGAAGGAUCCGGAACGCUGAGAGGCGACAAUUCUUCCCUGGAUAUGUUAGAGGGUGAAUACCGCUGCUACGCCUCCAACAGUCUGGGCACCGCCAUGACACAAACCGUCAAAGUCAACGUAGAGCCUCAGCCAGUUCUCAUGAAACAACAAGUCGAGCGUGAGCAAGGACUCGUGGGACAGAGUAUGGUCCUGUCCUGCAACCCUCCAAAAAGCUCGCCUCCUCCCAACAUCCACUGGAUGAACAUAAAUUUGAUGCACAUUACUCGGAGUGAGAGAGUGACGAUCGGCCUGGACGGGAAGCUGUACUUCGCAAACCUCAUGAGGAGUGACAGCAGAGAGGACUACAUCUGCCACGCCCAGUACAGAGAGGCCAGGACUAUUCUACCUGCCACUGCUGUCUCCCUCUCUGUCAAGCCGAGUAACAGCGUGGCUCAUGGAGGAAAACCUGAGUUCUUCCAUCACAGGAACCACUCCCAAAUAUCAGCCCUGAAGGGGAACAGCGUCACCCUGGAAUGUUUACCCAGAGGCCUACCCACACCUAAGGUGGAAUGGAAGAAAAAGGAUGGUGUCCUGGCAGACACAACCGGCCAAGUUAUUAACUUUGACCGCUGGCUCCACUUCGACAACAUCACCCUGGAUGACGACGGCGAGUACGAAUGCAAAGCCUCCAACACCCACGGCUCCAUCACGCGCUCCUUCACGGUCACUGUGGAAGCGGCUCCUUACUGGAUGAAGGAGCCUCAGAACCUGAUGUACACUCCCGGGGAAACAGUCCGACUGGACUGUCAGGCUGACGGCAUCCCGAGGCCCAGCAUCACCUGGAGGAUCAACGGUCAGCUGUUAACAGAAGUGGAUGAAGAACCUCGGCGCACGGUGACCGCAGGAACGCUCAUAAUGAAAGACGUGAACAUUGGCGACACGGCCGUGUACCAGUGUGAAGCCAAAAACGACCACGGCUCCAUCCUCCUCAACACCUACCUCUACGUCGUCGAGCUCCCCCCUCAGAUCCUGUCCCCUGAUGGGUUCAUCUACAACGCCACCAAGGGCCGAGACGUCGCACUGCACUGUGAGUCUUUUGGCUCGCCACGACCCCGCGUCACAUGGGACCGGGAGGACACGGGUGCUCUGCUGUCGGACCCUCUGCUGUAUCCUCGUGUCUCCAUCCUGACCAACGGGACCCUCAAGCUGUCCGACGUCAGCCACAAUGACAGCGGCGAGUACAUCUGCUCCGUACAAAACACCAACAUCUCCAUCACGGCCAAGCUGGACGUCUUCCGUCCAAGUGAGAUACUGACGCCCCCCCAGGCUGUUCGCGUUGUCCAGGGAAAGAGCGCUUUCCUGGACUGUGACGUCGACACCGAUCCUCGGCUGAGGGAUUACCAGGUUGUCUGGAAGAAAGCGAAUCGGAAACUAGAAGAGACAUCAGUAGAUGACAAGUACACCUUCUUCAAGAACAACACGCUGAAAGUGACAGACGUCCAAUUAAAUGACAGCACGGAGUAUUCCUGUGAGGUCAUCACUAAAGUGGACAACGUGAUUGCACAGGGCUCCAUCACUGUCAUAGCAAAACCGGACCCUCCCAGUGGUCUGACUCUGUCUAAUGCUGAGGGGGUCAGUGUGACUCUCAGCUGGAGCCCAGGACUCUCCCACAACAGCCCCAUCACAGAGUUCAUCAUACAGGCUCUGGAGGAGUACCACACGGAGGACAGGAAGUGGACGUGGGAGGAAAUGAAGAAAGUGCCAGGCGACUUCAACCACGUGGAGCUGACCCUCCAUCCAUUCUCCACCUACCGAUUCCGGGUCAUCGCCAUCAAUGAGGUUGGCAGGAGCAGACACAGCAACCCCUCAGACCACCACAGCACGCCACCUGCUGUUCCCUCCAUCAACCCUACAGGAGUGCGCAGUAACUCCUCAGAACCAGGGACACUGAUCAUCACGUGGGAUGAGAUAGACAAGCGUUUCCAUAACGGCCAGAACUUCCAGUACGAGGUGCUGUGGAGGGAGGCCGACGGGUCAAAUGUAAACUGGAACUCCGGCCGUGUGAGGUCUCCACCGUUCAUAGUGAACAACACAGGAACGUACACACCGUUUGAGAUCAAAGUCCGAUCUGUCAACGCCCUCGGAGGAGGACCGGAACCAAAGUCGAGGAACGGGCACUCCGGAGAGGACAAGCCAGAGGAAGCGCCGACUGGAGUUUCAACCACCGUGAUGAACAGCACCAUCAGAGUGAGCUGGAACAAAGCCCAGAGGGUCCGAGGUUGGCUGCUGGGAUACAGGAUCUACUAUAAGAGGCUGGCUCCCAAGGCCGAACGGAGCCGGAGGUCUCUCAGACAAUCCCAACAUGAGGAGGACAGAGGAGAAAAAUCUAAACAAUUGAGUGAGACAGACGAGCACAGCUGGCAGGUGGAGGAGGUUGACCAUAACAAGACCUCAGCGGAGGUGACGGGACUGCGACUGUUUUCUGAGUAUGAGCUGACGGUCACUGCGUUUAACAGCAAAGGGGAGAGUCCUCGCUCCCCGCCGCACCACUUCCACACACCGGAGGGAGUUCCUGGUCCUCCUGCAUCUCUGGAGUUUGAAAGCCCGACAGAAAAAUCCCUGAUUCUCUCCUGGAGCCAUCCAGCUGAGACCAACGGCAUUCUGCUGGGAUACAUAGUGCAGUACCAACGGGAGGUGGAAAGCAAAGACAGUCCUGUGGAGAUACUGAAUGUCAAUGAUCCCACAGUAAAGCACAUCACGCUGGACAACCUGGACCCCGACAGCCAUUACAUCUUCAAAGUAACAGCAUGCACAAAGAUUGGACAAGGCCCUCCCAUCACACGCAGGGGAGCCACUCUGCUUGAUGGAGAGCCUCCGAGAAACAUCACAGUAACCUCUGGUAAUGCAUCAGUCCACCUGAGCUGGGUGCCCGGAGAGAGAAACCGAAACCACGGCUUCCACAUCCAAUACCUCAAGAAGAGCGGAGGCGGUGGGUGGGAGAAGUCAGAACAGGUCAACACUACGCAGGGUUUCUAUAUGCUGACGGGCCUCCAACCAGGAGCUCAGUACCACCUGAGGGUCAUGCAUGGAAACUCCACUUAUUGGCAAGGCGAGGCAAAGACCGUGGAACCAUUGCCGUCAGAGAUAACCGGCAGGUUCGCCACCCAAGGCUGGCUGAUUGGACUCAUCAGCGCCAUCGUGCUGCUGGUUCUCAUACUGCUCAUCCUCUGCCUUAUCAAACGCAGCAAGGGCGGCAAAUAUGCAGUGAAGGACAAAGAAAGUAAGGAGGUGGACUCUGAAGCUCGACCAAUGAAAGAUGAAGCCUUUGGAGAAUACAGAUCCCUGGAGAGCGAUGGCGAUGAGAAGCGCUCGGACAGCCAGCAGUCUCUGGAGGAAAGUAAGAUGGGCAGCGUCGACUCUCUGGCCGAAUACGGGGACAGUGUGGACAUCCAGUUCAAUGAGGACGGCUCCUUCAUCGGCCAGUACAGCGGCCGGGCAUCUGUUCCCCACGGCAACGAGAGCUCGGGCCCCGCCUCCCCCGUUAAUGCAGUCCCACCUCCCCCCGUCGCUCCCUCCAUGUCGAGCAUCCUAAAUCGGCCCAGCUAGAGACACACAUGGCCAAAACACACACACACACACACACACACACACACACACACACACACACACACAAUGUCAGUACAUUCCAUUGGUUUAUGCAGUGAAGCUGUUUACAGUUUACAAACACACACACAUACAACCGCGUGAUUAGAAACUCGUAUGAGCGAACAAACUGAGUGAGGUGAGGGCGAGCUGCACCAGCUGCUCCUGAGCUCGGUGAGUCAGGUUACAUGAGCUCAGUCUGUUUGCAGGAUUGUUACUGAACAUGUAAAACUUCUGACUUUGUAACAACUGAGAUGGUGUUCGGGACACGUAGCCCGCCGAAGACACGCAGCGAAUGUUAUUCUGGUCUGCAGCAUCUGAUUCAGCUUCACAUGUCAGUAACUACUCACAUAGAUUAACACCCAAAUGAGUACAUGGAGACAGUUUAAGAGCUAUGAAACUUCAAUUAAAUUCAUAAUAAAGGGAUACAAAACAGACUAGUUCUUAUGUAGGAUUAUUGAUGAAUAUUUAAAAUUCUGGACUAACUUUUUGUAGACAGUGACUACAAAGCAAACAGUUUGCUAGUCUGGAAGAACCAAGUGACAGCUGAUUGGCUAACGGUGAAUAUCAGCUUAAACAUAAAAAUAAAAUAAUAAAGCUUAUUAAUACUAAUUCUGAUAAAGGAUCCAUUCUCUGUGCAUUUUAGCUAAUACAGUUUGAGCUUCUGAUGUCCUCUCCGUACCCUUCAUGACGAGUUCUGACACCUCAGCAUAUCUCAAACUAGAAAGUCACCUGAGCGGCUGCAGGUGGAGCUCCCUCCUCUAACUCGGUGCCGUUCAGACUGACAUACAUCUCUGGAUUUAUCUGGACUUCACCAGGUUUGUAGUGACCAUGUUGUGGUUUGUUUACACGAUGGAAAGCUUUGUAAUUGGGCACAAACAAUUUACUGUUUACUAAAAUCUUUCCUGAUUUGAUGAAUGUAAUUGCGAAUUAAGCUGGGACUCGCUGAGAUGGCCUUAAAGUGAAACCAGUCUCAGUCUCAUAAGGAAAUGAGUUUCAUGGCUCAGAGUGUUGCGUCUGAUUCUUGGUUGCUCCAUCUGUCCACCAGGACAAAGCUGCUCUUUGACUUUUUACCUUAGAGUGGUGUUUGCACAUGACGCAGUAAAGUUAGACUUUAAAUAGAAACUUAGAGAAGCUGGUGCAGCUCAGCCCAGGAGACGGAGAUGGUUUAUGGGAGAGCGUCACAAAGAAAAAGCAAAAAUCUGGGAGUUUUUCAUCUUUCAUCUUGGACCAAAUCACUUUAUUUCAUCGUAAACAAACAUUUCAGUCUCUUUUUGUUUCCUUAGCAUAUUUAUAUGUCGAUUUUUUAUAUUUAUGUGUUUUUGUUACCAACUUACGUAUCUGAGUUUGCAUGCAUGUGUCAUGGAACGGUUUUUGCUAUUUAUAGAUGCAUGCCAGCUUCCAGGCAUUUCUAAAGCAUUUCAUUGAUAUUUGAGUUAAAGAGCGAGACUGUUACGCUGUGUGUGUGCGUGUGUGUGUGUGUGUGUGUGUGUGCUUGCUCUCCAUCCUUGCCCUUUGACCUGCAGAGAGGGGAGCUCUGUUGCCUUAGGAGAGUCCAGAUGAACCUCCUCUCCUCCCUCUUCCUGUCAGUCAUCUCUCCUCAGACGCAGCUUCAUGUGUAAAAGUUUUCAGCGUUGCAGUUUCUGCAAACGUCCAUUAAACCCUGUAAACGGCCAGCAGACGGCACAGUUCACUGCUUCAGAUGUUUCAGGGCUGCCUUUGAAUAUGAUUGGAAAAAUUCCUAUGCAUAAACACACACACACACACACACAUACUGAUGAACACAUGAAGUGGAGGCCCACAUGGCGGGUCCUCUGUAGCAAAACGGACCCUCUGACGGAGCGAGGGAGGAGGCGGAGGAGAAAGAGGAUCAGAUGUAAUCGCUCCCUGAAUGUAAAUAGAACCUUGAGAUUGUCAGUUUUUUUAUUUCCAUUGCUUCUUCUCUAAAAUCAUUGAAUUGCAGUUUGUCUUUUUAUCUUUUGCUCUGUUUGAUUUUGUACUUGUAUUUUGUAUCAACACCCUCCCCUCCAUCGUCUAAUCUUAGGUUUUCCUUUCGUGUCGCUCAGUAGCCUCGAGACGUUUAGAGAAGAUUAGAACCGUAGAGAGAAAAACACUCCCCUUCAUUCAUUCAGUUUCUUUAUAGCGCGUAGCAAUGCAGCAAAUAAUACUGAUUAUUAAAAAGCUAUGUCAUAAAUGUUUCUACAGCUCGCUGAGCUGUUUAAUGGCAGCGGGUGAGAUGAUGUUCUCUGGAUGGACCCGCACCGGAAACAGUUUUAUAGCUCAGAGGGUUUAUUUCGUUGCCUUGGACACGCUGCACUGAUGCCGAUGCGGAUCAAAAAAAAUCAAUCUGAUGAAAAUAUGUGUCGCAGGAUUACACACAGGGAGCCCCGUGUUCGGACCCACAGCUGACGCUUAUUCUUACAGUCUGUCGAGCAGAGAGACAAACCCGACGAAGCGAUUCACGCAAACCAAGCAGAAAAGACCAAAACCAACAACCACUUACUGUAGACAUAAAACUUUAAACGACCUUCCAAAAUGAUAGUUUCCCAUAAAAACAAAGCUCAUUAUUAUCCAGCAAAUAAAUUCUCAUUAUAGAUGAAUUCGUAUUUUGCGCUGUAGUGAGUGUUUGUGACUGCAGGAGGAUGAAUGGGUUUUCCCUCCAUCUGUGGCUCUGAGGUAUAAACUGGUGCGUUCAUCCCACACCAUCAAACACGAUAUUAUUCCUACUUUUAUUUUCACUUGCUCAUUAGGCCACAAAUGAAUUCAAACAGGCAGGAGCAGUGCAUUUGUUGGGAAGCAGGGAAUUACAUCACUGGUUCUCUACUGUGUGUCUGUGUGACCAUAAACUACAUCUAAAGGAUGGAUGUAGCUUUUGGGCCUCAAAAAGGUGAAGUCAACCUAGAAGUGCCUCAAACCUGCAUUCUUUCCAAAGCCCAGCAGGGGGCGACUCCUCUGACUGUAUAGAAGCCUGUGACUCAGUGACAGGCCUGUCCUACAUUUUAGGACAGAGCGUCUUGUCCCCUCAAUGCUCACUUCAGGGGUCAAAAAACAAAUCCUACUACAGAAAACUAGAUUUUUGACAGUUUCCAGACAAAAAGUGAGCCCACAUCCAGCACUGGUUUUGGUCUUUUCAGUGGAUUUUCCUGCAAAAGAAAAACUACAAGCGAGCUAGAGAAAACUAGAGUGAACUCAUGGACAGGGAACUGCGUAUCUCGAGCUGAAUAAUCACUGCUGAUUGUGAAAUAACAGCAGCGAGCAAACGCUCGUCUUCCUUCAUGUACAAUAAUCCAAAGUCCGACCUCAUCUUGUUGCCUUGAUGGACGUCUCCCCGCCCUCGACCCCACUCCCGUCCGUCUGUCUCUCUGCUCUGACUGCUGUCCAGCCCUGUCUGUCUGCCUGUUUUUGUCACAGCCUUUUUUAUACGUACAUGGGGAAAAAACAACAAUAUUAAAAACACUUAAAAAAGACAAAAAUGUAGUUAUGCAUAAUAAUUUUGCUUACAAUAACAACAGUGCUGUAAUCUAAUCAGCCACGAUGAUGACGUCAGUGUCAUCCUCAUGUGGUCAGUAACACAAUGAACCAGUAUCACAGGAUCAAGCAGGGAGGUUAAAGUGGGAGGACGGGAGAAGAGGAGUCACACAUAUGUAUACAGGGGCGGUGCGUGGGGUGGGAGGGGGUUACUGCAAUACUGAGGUGUGCUGAUGUUGUAACUGCUUGUUGCGUUGUGCGCUGAGCUGUAUCUGAUGAACUAACCCAGCUGUCAACUAAUAAACACAGACUACGCAUA